CCUUGGCCAAUGGAUGCACGUCAAGACUCAACUGUCGGAGCUCCCAUCUCUUCUUUCGCGACGUAGGCUGUUGAGAGUGACAUGGAUCCGCUGCGAAGACUUCUAUCCAAACUUUCGACCUGAGAAGAAGCUUACUUCAUUUUAUGUCUUGAGUAAAACUGUUCGUUCGGACCAUGACUGGACGUAAUGACGUACAGCAGGUCUACUGUCGUCUUUAGUAGAGUUGGGAGUUAGUUGGUGACCGGAGUACUUGAAUGUCGGAAGAGAGCCAUAGGAAAUCCCCGAUGUCCUGCGCUGGCAGGUGAGAUGGACGUGGAUCUCCCCCCUCCUCCCACCCCACUCCCCCCUUCCACCCCCCUCAUCCCACCGGGGUCUCCCUCUACCCUGGACAAUGUCUCACCAACAUCCCCUAACCCACUCCCCCUGCCUCCCAACCCUCCCUCACCCCGACUCACUCAGACUCCCCAAAUUCAUCCCAUUGUCAGCCUCUCGUCCUCCUCCUCCCACUUCCUCUCCUUCUUCUCCUCUCCCCAUCACCCCAAAAUCAUCCGUUCAUUCACCCACUGCCACCACCUCCACCCCAUCUCCCUCUACCUCUACCCCAUCCACCUCUCCUGCCCCCCGCCGUUGGGGCUUUGCGGACCCCUCCACCUCUCUAGCCUCCUCGUCCUCUCCUGCCCCCCGCCGUUGGGGCUUUGCGGACCCCUCCACCUCUCUAGCCUCCUCGUCCUCUCCUGCCCCCCGACGUCGGGGCUUUGCUGAUCUGGCUAAACGUGUGUUGAUGCAGGAACGACUGAAGAAAGCUGAGCUGGAGGAGGCUGAAGCGGGUGAGGAAGAUGAGGAUCCUGAGGAGGACUUGUCGUUUGAGGAGAUGGAGGAGAAGGCCACGUCUGGAGAUGCCAGAGCACAGACCAGUCUGGGCAGAUACUACCUGGGGUUGGCUGAGGAGAAGGAGGCGGAGCUUAAUAACCGCCUGGCAGUUGAUUGGCUGGUGCAGGCCGCUAAGCAGGGACGGAAGAGUGCAGCCCGUCUUCUACAGCGCUGCUGGAUCCAGAGGACAGGUAUCGGUGAGGAUAAUGAGGAGGAGGUGCGUCGUCUGUCGACAGAGAGCAGGUUUGAGCAGACGGUUCGGAAGGCGGCCAUGAUGAUGUUCAGGAAGCUGAACCCCGACAGGAAGGAGAAGAUGGCGGUGUCUGAGAUGAUGGAGAACGUUGGACAGGUCAACGCUGCGCACGGUGGCGCCACCACGGACCAAACCCAGAAAGUCCUGGAGAACAUGGUCACUGGAGAGACUGGUCAGUUUGUUGACUUGGAUGACUUUGUAGAGAUCACUAAGAGGUAUACCCAGGGCAUGGCCCCCAGCACCGGCUCUACCCAGAGCAAGGGCCCUGCACAAACCUCUGGAGGGAAGCAGAGUGGCCUGGUCCCCAAGAAGCCUCAGAAGGGAGUGUGGGGGAUGGGUCGUAGUGACAUGUUGAUGGACACCAGACGACACUUCCUGGUGUUGCAGUACCCUAUCACUGCGGUCAUCGAGGUGAAGGAUCAGCUCAUUGAUUGGGCGUCUCGCGCCGGCGUCCAAUGGCUGAGCACGGUGAUCCCCACGCACCACGUCAACGCGCUCAUCUUCUUCUUCAUCAUCAGUAAUCUGACUGUUGACCUGUUUGCCUUCUUCAUCCCACUCCUCGUCUUCUACCUCUCCUUCAUCUCCAUGGUGAUCUGCACGCUACGCAUCUUCCAGAGCAGCAAGGCGUGGGAGAACUUCAGUGCCCUAACAACCCUGCUGACCAGGUUUGAGCCUGGCCUGGACGUGGAGCAAGCAGAGUCUAACACUCCUCUCCUCUCCCUCUUCCUCCUCUCCUCUCCUCUCCCUCUUCCUCCUCUCCAGGCGUGGGAGAACUUCAGUGCCCUAACAACCCUGCUGACCAGGUUUGAGCCUGGCCUGGACGUGGAGCAAGCAGAGUCUAACUUCGGCUGGAACAAUCUAGAACCCUACCUCUACUUCCUGAUAUCGGUGUUCUUCAUCGUCUUCUCCUUCCCCGUCGCUGAUAAAGGAUGGAUCCCCUGCUCGGAGCUGUCCACGGUAGCCAUCUUGUUCACGGUGGUCAGCUACAAGAGCCUGAGUCCUUCGGGCGCCACCUACGCCAAACGGGCGCUCAUCACUGAGGUGGCAACGUCUUUGUGUUCCCUGACCAGUCUCCUGCCCCAGAGUGCUGUUCUGCUGAGGAUGCUGAGCCACACCUUCACUACCCUGCCACUAGGGGAUUCAGUGGUGAUGAAGAUCAGUCUGCCCUGCCUGCUAGACCUCUACCUCUACUUCCUGUUCUUCAGUAUGGCUAGGCAGCGUGGUUUCCGUGGGACCUACUGUUUCCUGGUCCCCUACUUGGUCUGCUUCCUGUGGUGUGAGUUCUCUGUGGUGCUGCUCCAAAACUCUUCCCCCGUGGGACUCAUCCGGACCUGCGUUGGCUACUUCCUGUUCCUGUUUGCCUUGCCCGUGCUGGCCGUGGGGCUGGCCGCCAUGGUCCUCAUCCAGCUGGUCAAAUGGUUCCUGGAGCUGGAGCUCACCAAGAUGAUUGUGACGCUGGCCGUGUGUGCGGUGCCGGUGACACUGAGGCUGUGGACGCGCUUCAGCCUGUCUCUCAUGGACGUGUUCCACUCCAUGUCGCAACGCGGCGCCGUCAAGCUCAUCCUGUGCUGCGUCACCAUGGUGAUGCUGUUCUUCUGGAUGUACGUGUACCACUCCGAGGGACUGCAGGGGUAUAACUCUACGUUGACCUGGAGACAGUACGGGCAGCUGUGUGGUCCUCCUGCCUGGAAGGUGAAAGGUGUGGCUCAGACACAGAUCUUCUGUACACACCUGGACGGACACCAGGUGACGUGGACCGGGAGGUUCAGGCAGGUGCGUGUAGCGGAAACUGAGAACGGAGCCCAGUCCGUCAUCAACCUGCUGCCGGUGUUCAUGGGAGAUUGGUUACGCUGUCUUUACGGAGAGACCUAUCCUAAAUGUGACCCGCUGCGGAACAACUCUACCAACACCUCCACAUCCUCAACGGCCAACUCCAACACCCCCGACGCCACGGCAACCGUCGCUAAUGCUAACCUCACCGCCGCUGACUACGCCAACGCCACAGUGCUUGGCGUUGCCGUGCCGACGGCCGUCCUCCUCCGGCAGCAGGAAGAGGAGGAGCUGUGUGUCAUUAAGGCUUUGGCCAAACACACGUGUCACGUGAAGCGAUACGACAGCUAUGUGUUGGAGGUGGGCGUGGGGAUGCCCGAGGAAGACGGGAUUCCAGAGGACCGGGCCAGAGACAUCAAACUGGUGGCCAGUCAUGAGUUCAGACAGGUGUUGCUGCGCCUGCAGCCCGGCAGCCUGGUGGAGUUCAGCACUACGUUGGAGGGCCGUCUGGGGGGCCAGGUCCCGUCCUUCGAGCUGAAGGCCAUCUACUGUCUGGACUGUGACUCCUCCCUUCUAACCACUGCCGGACAGGUGAAGAUCGAGAGAGACUGGAGACGGACCACACUCAACUCCGUCAAGUUCGCGUUCGACUUCUUCUUCUCUCCCUUCCUCUCGGCACGUAUCGACGUGUGACAGGACGAGAAAGGAGAGAGAUGUUGUGACGGGGUGAAAAAUAUAAAGAGGAAUAGAUGGAUAGAAGGAUUUCAAUUCAGUACAACUUUAUUUUUGUCCUGGAAUGUUUUAAUGUGUACAAUAGUUUGUCUUGGACCUUGUCUCCCCCUCUCCCCCCCCCUUCCUGUCCUAAAGGAUCAACGUGUGACCAACUAAUGGUGGAAGAGACAGUGGCAGCCAUUUUUCACAAUGGACUCUGGGGGGGAAAACAUAGGAAAUGGAUGAAUGAAGGAAUUCAAUUCAAUACAACUUCAUUUGUAGAGCAACUUGGUGAUUAAAGGGAUGGGUUGAUGGACAGAUGGACGGAGGUGUGAAAAGGGGCGUGUCUCUGGUUGGAACACCCGAAGGGAACGGUUGCUACAGUUACACACAGUUGCUGCUGUUCUCUUCUGGAAGCCAUUUUGUAAUUUUUUUUUUUUCCAAGAGGUGGCUCGUUACCACGGCAACAACUUCUACUCAGUCACCGGAUACAUUCACUGCACUGUCUUACAACUGGUCAUUUUUUUUCAUGAGGUGGCUCGUUACCACGGCAACGAGCUGCGGGCAAGCGUUUUUUUACGACAGGAAUGGAUGGUUGGGUCAGAUUGUAUCUAAUCGGGCAGAAACACCCAGAGAGCUGAAAUCAAACGAGGAAGUGGGUCGUCUGUAAACUGCAUUAACCUGAAUGUAUUUCCACUGGAGCUGUCGUUUCUCAGUGGGAAACGGAUCACAGAUAGCCAGAGUGGUCUUUUUAAAACGGGGAUAACUGAAGGAAGACCCUAGGGAAUCAUGGCGAAUGAAGAUUUCAGAGGAACAGUCCUUUCAAAUAUAGUAUUAAGAGUUGUGUAUUUAACUGUCUUAGGAACACACUGAUGACUUGUGUAUGUAGCAUAUCUAUGUAUCUAUAUAGUACUACAACUACAUAAUGUAUGUACUGUAUGUACUGUAUGUAUGUAUGUCUGUACUGUACGUACUGUAUGUAUUGUAUGUAUGUAUGUACUGUAUGUAUGUAUUUGCAGUGGUUUAUCUGAAAUGUAGCACUUAGUAACUUUUGGAUGUUUCCCAGCUAGCACACAACGUUCUGAAAACCAUAUGUUAACCCGAGUGGCGCUGCGGUUUAAAGGCACAGCGUCGCAGCGCUAUAGAGGCGUCACUAAAGACCCUGGUUCGAUCCGGGGCCUGUAUCACAACCGGCCGUUAUCGUGAAGUCCCAUAGGGCGGCGUACAAUUGUCCCAGUGUCGUCCGGGGUUUGGCCGGGGUUUGGCCGUCAAUGUAAAAUAAGAAUUAGUUCUUCAGUAGUUAAAUAAAGGAAAGGAGGACCUCUUAGAGCCUGUUCCCUACACCUUCCCUGCACUAUGACAUCACAUCUAUGUCACCAAUAGAACCCUGUUCCCUACACCUUCCCUGCACUAUGACAUCACAUCUAUGUCACCAAUAGAACCCUGUUCCCUACACCUUCCCUGCACUAUGACAUCACAUCUAUGUCACCAAUAGAACCCUGUUCCCUACACCUUCCCUGCACUAUGACAUCACAUCUAUGUCACCAAUAGAACCCUGUUCCCUACACCUUCCCUGCACUAUGCCAUCACAUCUAUGUCACCAAUAGAACCCUGUUCCCUACACCUUCCCUGCACUAUGAUAUCACAUCUAUGUCACCAAUAGAACCCUGUUCCCUACAGAG